AUGUUUAAGAACUGGGCAGCUGAACAAGACAAAUUUUCGAAAUUGAUUACCAAAAUUUCCGAUUUGAAACAGCAAAAUAGCGUUAUACAAGAGACUAAUUUGGAGAUACGUAGAUUUAUGACAUUUGCCUCCUCAGAAUAUGAAAAAGAACGUUCCGAGUACACUGAAAAUUUAAUGAAAAUAGAAAGAAAAGUACACGAUCUACAGGUUAAAUCCCGCACGGCAUCAAUAGAAUUCAGAAAUAUCCCUAUGCAAGAAAGAGAGACGACCGAUGACCUGCUUUCCAUAGUAAGCGGCGUAUGUAAUGCUCUGCAUAUUCCCAUCAAACACGAUGAAGUGCGGGAUGUUUACCGUCUACCGGGUAAACCUGGAACGAAUAAAACUAUCGUGGCCGAAUUUGUAACAGUGUUCGACAAAAACAAUAUUUUUUCAGCUGCUAGAAACUUCAAUAAAAAGAAGCCGAGCGAAGAAAAACUUAACUCAGAAUCCAUUGGGUUAUCUGGUAAGCGCGUACCAAUAUAUAUCUCAGAAUAUUUACCUCCAAGCUCCAAAGUCCUAUUUCGUAAAGCUAGAAUGUACGCCAAAGACAAUAAAUACCAAUAUUGCUGGACGACUAAUGGCCAGGUUUUUAUCUGA